CACAGUCACCAGGGCUGCCCAGCCUACCCCUCCCCCUCCAUACUCCAGAGUUUUCUGGUCAGCACUCUGGUCCCAGCUGAGCCCCCGUUCGUCUCGCGGCCCUUCGGAGCUUCAAGGAUAUCAGUCAUGAGACUGAAGGACAGAAACCAUUCCACACCUCCCUCCACACCUGCUUCCGACCCCAGCGAGGAAGGAGACCUGCGGAAAAGGCGGAGCCCCAGAGAGGGGGCGUGGCAUGGGCGGGGCCUGAAGGACUCCAGCGGGUUCGGAUCAGCCUGUGAUCCCUGAGCCAAUGCUAAAGGGGCGGAGUCAUUAGAGGCGGGGCUCGGCGGGCUGGAACGGGAGGGAUGAGACGCUGACCUUAAGAAAGAGGCGUGGCUACUUUGGCUAGGCCUCCCGCCCCUCAGGGCGUGGCUGUCAGGGAACUGGACGCGGCGUGGGGCUGGGAGGGUCCGCGGCGUAGCUGGCGGCAGGGACGCGGCAGCGCAGCGGCUCCUUUAAGCCCCCGGCACCGCCCCCACCGCCCCGCCCCCGGCGGCGGCCUGGGUCUGGUAGGCGGCGGGGUCGGCUCCGCGCGGACCGUGAUGGAGCUGCACAUCCUAGAGCACCGGGUGCGGGUGCUGAGCCUCGCCCGCCCAGGUCUCUGGCUCUACACCCACCCGCUCAUCAAGCUACUCUUCCUGCCCCGCCGCAGCCGGUGCAAGUUCUUCAGCCUGACGGAGACCCCCGAGGAUUACACGCUCAUGGUGGACGAGGAGGGCUUCAAAGAGCUACCCCCAUCUGAGUUCCUUCAAGUGGCUGAGGCCACAUGGCUGGUGCUGAACGUGUCAUCCCACAGCGGUGCAGCAGUGCAGGCUGCUGGGGUCACCAAAAUUGCCCGCUCAGUCAUUGCGCCCUUGGCGGAGCACCAUGUGUCCGUGCUGAUGCUGUCCACUUACCAGACGGACUUCAUCCUGGUGCGGGAACAGGACCUGUCCGUGGUGAUCCACACACUAUCCCAGGAGUUCGACAUUUACCGAGAAGUGGGCGGGGAGCCUGUGCCUGUUGCCAGGGAUGAUUCCAGCAAUGGCUUUCCCCGUUCUCAGCAUGCAGGGCCUAGCCCCACGGUGCAUCCCAUCCAGAGCCCACAGAAUCGCUUCUGUGUCCUCACCCUGGACCCUGAGACAUUGCCAGCCAUCGCUACCACACUCAUCGAUGUCCUCUUCUAUUCAUACAGUGCCCCCAAGGAAGCAGCCUCUGGUGGUACUGGACCCAGCUCCAUUACAUUCUUUGCCUUCUCCCUCAUCGAGGGCUACAUCUCCAUUGUCAUGGACGCUGAGACGCAGAAAAAGUUCCCCAGUGACCUCCUGCUGACCAGCUCCUCAGGAGAGCUGUGGAGAAUGGUGCGCAUCGGUGGACAGCCCCUGGGCUUUGAUGAGUGUGGGAUCGUGGCCCAGAUCGCAGGCCCCCUGGCUGCGGCCGACAUCUCUGCCUACUACAUCAGCACCUUCAACUUUGACCAUGCCCUGGUGCCUGAGGAUGGCAUCGGGAGUGUCAUUGAGGUCCUCCAGCGACGGCAGGAUGGCCAGGGCUCCUGAGGCCUCCACGCUCUCCCUUCACCCCAGGCUUCCAGAGACUUCUCUAAGCUAUUUCCUCAAGCUCUGGGAUGAGCCCUCCCCACCCCCAUUCCUGCCGGGGGUCCCCCUCCUUCUGCUCUCUGUACAUAAGCUGCGUGCAGGCACCGGCUCUCACGUGGACACGCGUGUCUGCCCACGCAGGGGAACACGGUGCUCUGGGCUUCCUCUGGGAACCCCUCACCCCAUCACUCCCUGCGCGGCCUCAGCGUUUGCACAUUCCCUGCCUGAGGUCCGAGCCAUCCCCCACUCUCAGCGCCCCGGGCCAGCUGCUCCCUGGACAGGGCCCUGAUUUCCGUUCUGCCUCUGGCUGGGUUGCCUUCCCUGGCCAGGUGAUUCUGACAGUGCCUGCCCCUCUGGGGGGCCUCCGAGAAAAGUAUUUUUACAUCUUUCUCCCUUUUUUAUUGACUUGUUAAUAAAGGGCUUGUAGUUAUGAA